AUGCAACAAGAACAAGAUACAAUCAGCUUGGCACUUGGCGUAAUUUCAUACUUGAGAUGUCUAUUUUCAGAAGAAUCCUUUGAAAACCAAAAGGUAAAUGGAUUAGAGCUUAAAGUUCUAAGGAACACGCCUGAGACAGUCAAAAUGAUCAAUUGGAUCCAGAACCUAAAUACCCAUAAGGACAAAAUCUAUAAAAUAGCAAUAGGAAUAUACUCUAUUAUAGAAAAUGAAGAAAUUCUAGUUGAGAUGUAUUCUAUUCAGGUUAAUACACAAUUAGACUUCAAGAAUAUCUGCCGAAGCCUUCAGAAAAUGAAUCUUCUCAGAGGAAAGUACAUUGUAAAGAUGAAAGUGUUUACCACCGCCUUUAUUGAAAUACAAGGGUUUAAAAGAAGCGGAGAGGUAUGGAAUCUUAAGGAUUUGAAGGAGGUUGAGAUGAAUGGACUCAAGGUAUAUUUGCAGCAAGACAAGAGGCCCGCCAACAGCAAUGCCAACAAUAUGAAUAGUAGCACUAGCAACAGCAGUAUUGUGUCAAAUAGUGACAGUUGUAAUGGCACGUCUAAUAAUCUACCUGACGGUAAAUCAAACAAUACUCGCAUUGACUGUUCAUGCACAAUAAACUCAAACGAAAAUGAAAUGAUCCUUUGCACAAAGUGCCUAUGCUGGGUUCAUUCCUCUUGCCAUGGAUUUUUCUCUUCGAAAGACAAGAGAAUCAAAAAAGAUUUUAUUUGCUAUUCCUGUUCAGGCAUUAAAAGUAAAGAGCUGAGGGAUUGCUGUCUUUACAGACGAGUGUUAAGUGUGGUUUACAACGAAACAGUUGUAGGCAAGACUGAUGAUAGAGACAACAAUGGAAACAUUAACACUAAGACGACUGGGAAUGCUAGCAUUUCAAAGAGUGAAAUGAACGAAUUUCUUCAAAAGAGGCUUUUCCUUGCUCCUUCUUUUACGAGUGAAUUGACUAAGAAGCUAUUAAAUGAUGGAUUUCUAAAGACAUUCAAGAAUAGUGUUGAAGUAGUGAAGAAUAGGGAAAUAAAAGAGAAGAUCAAGGAAUAUUUUAAUGGAAAGAGGAUGGAGUGCUUAAUAUCAAUGAAUGAAAUACGGUGUGAUAUAAACUACAAGCAAUAA